AUAAAAAAAUACUAGAAAAAUCUAUGUGCCAACCGAUUAUGCAGUCCACUUCAAUUGCUCCGUGGCAUACUUGCUACUACUAUCCUGUCCCUAAACAUUUAUUCUCCCCAAAUCUCCACCUCCAAAACCAGAAGAAUCUCUCUGUAAAACCUUCAAAAAAACUCCGCAUAAACAAUAGUUUCUUCACUUUUACUGCAACAAACAGUUGCAGUGAAGAUCAAGAAAAGAAUCAGAAUCCUUAUCCAAGAAAAGACCCAGAUGAAGAUAACCCCAAAUCUUGCCAAGGUUUUUGCUCUUCCAUUGAAAACCCAAAAACCAAAUUCAGAGAGAGUGAAAGGGAACCAGAAAGUGAGGUAGAUAAUUUUUUGGACAUUUCAUCAAACAUGUGGUGGACAGAUUUCAAAGCUUUCUUAGGGCAAAGAAUUAAUUUGGAAGGCCUUGCUUCUUCUGUGGGAAUUUUGUCAAAAGACAAGCACUUGGCAAUCCCACAUGUUUCUGUUCCUGAUAUACGGUACAUUGAUUGGAGUGAAUUGAAGAAAAGAGGAUUUAAAGGCGUGGUCUUUGAUAAGGAUAAUACUGUUACUCUUCCUUACUCUUUGAGCUUGUGGGAGCCCCUUGGAUCAUCCAUAGAGCAAUGUAAAUCGAUGUUUGGUAAUGAUAUUGCAGUGUUCAGUAACUCUGCCGGACUAUACGAGUAUGACCCGGAUGGUACGAAAGCUAAAGCUCUUGAGGAUGCAAUCGGGAUAAAGGUGAUUAGGCAUAGGAAUAAGAAGCCAGCUGGAACUGCCGAAGAAAUUGAAAAGCACUUUGGUUCUGAGUCUUCUAGACUGAUCAUGGUGGGUGAUCGGCCCUUCACGGAUAUUGUUUAUGGAAACAGAAAUGGUUUUUUCACGAUAUUGACUGAACCACUUUGUCUUGAGGGGGAGCCUUUAAUCGUACAGCAGGUGAGGUUUCUUGAACUGGCCCUUGUGAACCGAUGGACUGGAAAAGGUUUGAGGGCAAUCGAUCACAGGCUUCUUCCAGAUCCCCGGCAAUGUGUAAAAGAUAUACCACUCUGACAAAUGUCAUUAUGUAUAAGAAAAAAAAACAAUUUUUCCUAGGCAAGUAUCUAUUAUUCUUUUGCAUGUGGCCGUUAAUUGACUACAUUUUGCAAUAUUUUUUUCAUUCAUGAUACAGUUGAAAACAAUGCAGAACUUACUUGAAAUGGUGCAUCAGAACUGCUUUUUGUAGUUUGUUCCAAAGUUCCACAA